GGUGUCACUUACUGUGGUGAGUCGAAAGCUUCAACGUUGACAAUGGAAAAUGUUCCCUGGCAUGAAGAGGUGGUCAAGUUUGUCACACAGUUGGUUGACAGAUUACCGGACUAUGAGCUGGCCUCUGAACAUGAACAUUCUAAUUGUCUCCUCACUGCACAGAAAAAGUUGUUACAGGGUUGAAUAUUAAUUUCACCAAAUGACUUGAGAAAAGUUCCUGUGCAACUAAAUGUGAUUUAGUAUUUUUAAUCCAAAAAGUAGGAUGUGGUUUUCUUCCUGAAGUUACAAUGUCUUCCAUUAGGAUUUCAUAAAAUUUCUAAAAAAUUGUCUAUGGUUAUUGUUUUGUCCUUGCGAAGAUGAUCAUGGCUUGAGUAGUAGCUAUGAUUUGAGCUAUAUUUUGUUUAAAGUGAGGGAGAGUUCCUCAAUUCAUCAGCCUCACUCACUUUUCCUUGCCCAUUUGAUCCAAUGGGAAGACUUAGGAUGACUGGAAAUAGACUAGGAUGCAAUAGAUGGCUAGCACUAAAAAAAUUAUCUAUAGAUCCGAAUAAUGAUAAUUAUUUUUAAAUAUCUAUUUUUGGGGAAAUUUUAAAAAUUAAUUUUAAUUUACAUACAUUAAUAUAUUUCCAUCACAUACAAGAUUUUUCAAACAGAAGGAUUUAUAAGGCAAUUCAAUAAAUGAAUAAAUUAAUGUUGAUAUCUUUACAUUUUCUCACAAUCAAGUUUAAGAAAGAUGGUGAGUGGUGGACUUGGAUCGCUUCCCUCAAUUUCACAAGCUGUGGCGUUGUUACCAAGAAAGCAAUGGGAAAGAGACAUUCUCUUCAUCUGAUUAUAUGGCCUCUACACCAAACUGGGCAGUUUAUGGUUCUAAGGAACAAGGCUUGGAUCCAGUAGAAACAAGAUUUUACCGAAAUAAGAAGCAAAAGUCACAGGGGCAAGAAUAAACUUACAACUU